GGAAAAACCAAUUAUGACACACACAUUGCACAGCUAUCGCUAAAAACCAGCAACCAACAGUGGCCGAUUCGUGAGCAGACGUGAAUUUAGUUUCCGACCGAAAACAUUCGCAAUAGAACUUGGAUUCAUUUUCUUCAACUCAGCAGUUGCUUACUUAUUUGAUUUACAAUGUGGCAUCUAAUGUGGUUGACAUUAAGUUUCGUGUGUUGCUUGUCGGCGAUAAAUUAUGUCGUCGCUGCUCCAAUCGACAGUGCCGAAGAAGCAGCGAGAUACCUGGGAAGAUUCGGCUAUUUGGAACGUGGACCUCAGGACUCUUCUUAUUCGGAAAGUGUUUCAGCUGAGUCUUUCAGGAGCGCAAUAGAAGAUUUUCAAUCCUUUGCUGGAUUGAAGAUAACGGGUAAACUUGAUGAGGCGACGAAGGAAUUGAUGAAUAAACCGCGUUGUGGGGUUCCGGAUCGAAUUCGCCCCGGUUCUUCAAGGACUCGCCCGAAACGAUUCGCACUUGAAGGGAGCCAUUGGCCUAAGAAAAAAUUAACUUACAAAAUUAAGAAAUACACGCCGGAUAUGAGCCCACCUGUCGUCGAUCGUGAAAUCGCCAGAGCCUUUGAGAUUUGGGCGAACGUGACUGAUUUGGCCUUCGUUCAUGUCAAAAAUACAUCGGCUAACGUCGACAUCGACAUCCUUUUUGCAAUUGGAGAACAUGAUGGAGAACAUGGAAAUUGCGAUGAUCCCUUCAUUGAUGGACCGGGUGGUACUUUAGCUCACGCUGCCCAUCCUAUAAACGGAGGUGAUGCUCAUUUUGACGAAAGCGAAACCUGGACGCUCGACUCUGUUAAAGGGACGAAUUUAUUCCAGGUGGCUACUCACGAGUUUGGCCACUCUUUGGGACUGGAACACACAAACAACACGGCUGCUGUGAUGUAUUUUGCAUACGAGUAUCGUUCUGAUUUCAAAUUAGACAAGGACGACAUUGAAGGCGUUCAGGAACUGUACGGGCAGAAUCAGUUCAGCAGGAAAUUGGCGCUUGAAUUAAAAGCCACUCUUGAGCUCUUAAAAACAACCGUGAACAAUUUGGAGAAAAAGAAUAUUGAACUGAGAAAUGAUUUAAUUGACACACGAACCAAUUUGAAUAAAAAAUUAGAAGAUUGUGUAGCGAAUUCGGAUCGAUUAGGUCAAGAAUUAAAAGUUACCGCCGAAAAUUUUAAAAAAGAUCUAAGAACAACCUCAAAUGAUUUGAAAACUACAAAAACGAAUUUGGCCUCAACGAGAACGGAAUUGAACAGAACAAAGUCCGCCUUUACUGAUUUGGCCACCGAAUUUAAAGCCCGAACGAGUGAAUUAGUCGACAUUGGUAAAAUGCCAACCUCAUGUUGGGAUCUGCAGCGAAUGGGACAAAGAAUCAACGGAUUCUUUUCCGUAAAAGGAGCAAAGAAGAUGGAAAUGAUUUACUGCAACUUUUUUGCCAAUCAAAAUGACAACCAGAAAUGGAUCGGAUUCGCCGACGUCAAAUCGGCGCCCGUCUAUUUCUACGUCCAGAGAAAUUGGCCAUUUUACAACGACUCAACUCCGGUUCCAUUCGAUUCGGCCUUGGUGAACGAGGGAAACGCAAUGAAUUUGACAUCGGGGAAAUUCACGGCACCGCGACCGGGAACUUAUUUUUUCUCUUUCACGGGAGUUGCGCGUCUUGAAUCUUCAUCUGAUGUUUAUUUUCAUUCUUAUAUUUAUUUGAACGGGAAACGAAUCGGGACGAGUUACGUCAGAGAAGAUAAAGCCCCCGUUGAUCAAAAUAGUCCGUUUACCCUCCAGUCGACGCUGAACCUGAAAAAAGGCGAUCAAGUCUGGGUGGAGAUUAUUUAUCCUAAUUCAGAAACGUCUUUGUAUGACAUCAGGAAUUUCCACUUGACCCAUUUCACGGGUUUCAUGUUGGACGAGGAAAUUGCCGCGUCACUUUGA